UCUCCAAAUCCCACACAACCCCUCUCGCUCCCAAUCUCUCUCUACUUUCUCAAUUUCCCAAAUUCUCGAACCCUAACUCUCUCUCUCUCCAACCCCAAAUGGCGCCCAAGGCAGAGAAGAAGCCCGCCGAGAAGAAGCCGGCAGAGGAGAAGAAGUCCACCGUCGCCGAGAAGGCCCCGGCAGAGAAGAAGCCCAAGGCCGGCAAGAAGCUCCCCAAGGAGGCCGGAGCCGCCGCCGGAGACAAGAAGAAGAAGAGGAACAAGAAGAGCGUAGAGACCUACAAGAUCUACAUCUUCAAGGUCCUCAAGCAGGUCCACCCUGACAUCGGGAUCUCCAGCAAGGCCAUGGGAAUCAUGAACAGCUUCAUCAACGAUAUCUUCGAGAAGCUCGCUCAGGAGUCGUCGAGGCUUGCGAGGUACAACAAGAAGCCGACGAUUACUUCUCGGGAGAUCCAGACCGCUGUGAGGCUUGUACUUCCCGGUGAAUUGGCCAAGCACGCUGUUUCUGAGGGUACAAAGGCUGUGACCAAGUUCACAAGUUCUUAGUGUGGAGGGUUCUGGACUAACUAGCUGCUUUGCUUUUAGUUCUUCUAUGUUCAGAUUUAGGUUUUUAAUUAGUGACUCUGUAAUUCUCUUUAUGAAAUAGAUGGUUGAUAUCA